UAAUUUAUAAAAACAUCAAUGUCAAUUUUUGUUUAUUUUAUUUACCUUGAAUUAUAGUGCCAUUGGCUCGCAAUGUCUUCUGUUUGUACAACCCAUUCAUAUACUGCUAUUACAACGCCUCGUACAGAGCGAUGGUCAAGGAAUCGCUGGAAUGCGUGUUUCGGUGCCUUAAGUACUAUAAAGUACAGUCGGGAGGGCUCGAGACCGGGAACGGGGACGACGCCGGGGAAGACACCGUACGGGACUGUACUAAGUAUACGGUUUGUAAUACUGAACGCAUUGAACUAAUGGACAAAUGUCGGAUCAAUAAUAAAUAGGAUUAUCUGUCUAUAUACAGU